AUGGAGGAACAAAGUGUCGACGAAGUUACAUUAUUAAAUUCUCAGAAACGUGCGCGUACUUCAUCGUCGAGUUCGGAUAGCAGUGAUUCGUCAAAAAGCAGUGUUUACAGUCAAACAAGGAGACACAAGAAAAGGAGAAUGGAUCGAACCGUGAGUAAAGAACAUUUAGAAUUUUUAUCCCAGCAAGUGGCCUUUUUAACUAAUAUUAUUACAAAAUCUAGUGAAGUUACAUGCCAAAACCAAAAAAUAGUCCCUUCACUUAAUCUUAACUUGCACCGACCUACAACAGAAGGCGGGGACAAAAUAAACCAGCUCAAGCUAUCAGAUUUGAGUACCAAGCAAUUUAGGCGCGCCAGAACAAAUAUGCAGACUAUUAAACGGCUCAUACAUCCCAUUCAAACUCAAGCCACCUCUAAUACUUCCAAAUCCAAUUGUGAUUCAGAGUUACAGGACCAAAACUUCCUUAAAUAUGACUCGCCAAAUUCAAAGUAUGUUAAAGUCUGGAGUACUCGAACAGGCGGAGCCGAGUGCCAGCUUCCUUUCCACAUUCUUUUUGGUGCCAAAACCAGACGGCAGCUGCCGUCCAUUAUUGAAUUUGAAACAACUGAACAGGUUCGUCAAAACGAAACCCUUCAGACUGUUCAGUCACUUUCGAGUACCCACCUUUCUGCAGCAUCAGGAUUGGAUGGCAAAAUUAGACUUAAGCCAAACCUACUUUCACGUUCCGAUUCCUCGGCGUCAUCGAAGAUAUUUGAGGCUGAAUUAUCCCAUCAAUUCAAACCAGCACCAACUGCUUCAGAUGACCUGUUUACCGUUUGGCCUUUCCUCUGCGCCGAGAACGUUUGCCUCAAUAACAAACUGGGUAGCAGAGUUUCUCAGGAAUCGGGGCAUCAGAUGUGUAGUUUAUUUGGACGAUUUUCUAUUGGCAAGCCAGUCGAUGCAACAACUACAAGAAGAUAUAUCUUUAACGAUAAAGAUCAUGCAGUUACUGGGUUGGACAAUAAAUUUCGAAAAGUCCGUGCUGACUCCGACACAGUGCCUCGAGUUUCUCGGCAUAACAUGGGACACAAAACUCAAUGCAAUGUCCUUAUCGGAGAAAAAGUGCUUAACGCUACGCAACGCACUUCAGCAACAGCUCUUAAAACGCAAGUGGUCCCUCAAAGAGUAUCAGAUCUUAAUGGGGAGACUCAAUUUUGCCACUUACGUAACCCGGAGAGGUCGGCUUCACUGUCGAACACUGCAAUACUUCAGUCGACAGUUGUCAAAGGACCACCCUUACCGCCAAGUGAGUAUUCCACUACCAGUUCAGUCGGAGAUGGAAUGGUGGCUACAAGCUGUAGGUCAAUCUGUACCGAUACACACGAAUGUAGUACUAACUCACCUUCUAACAACCGAUGCUUCAGACAUCGGCUGGGGCGCGCAACUCGGCGAUAUAAGUAUCGGAGGGACCUGGACGAAACGGCAACUAACCUGGCACGCAAACAGAAAAGAAAUGUUCGCAGUUCAGGCAGCGAUAUCACACGUACAAAAACUGCUACAGAACUCACAAGUGCUUCUUCAGACGGACAAUCGAACAGUGGUGUCUUACAUAAACAAGGAAGGCGGAAGCAAGUCCAAAAAGCUUCUCGAGCAAACUCUACAACUACUUGCACUUCUAGACAAAUUCAAUAUACACCUUCAGGCCCAGUACUUCCCAGGCAGAUUCAAUGUCGAAGUGGACGCCUUAUCACGCCAAAGGACUUGCCCCGAGUGGCACCUAACAACAGCGGCGACAUCCAAAAUAUUUCGAAUGUGGGGCACGCCGGAGAUAGACCUAUUUGCGUCGAGUACUGCUCACGUGACCCCGAAGUAUGUUUCAGUGAACAUUCAGGACAAGCAAGCACAACACCACAACGCGUUUUUUCACCAGUGGCACUACAAACUAGCAUGGUUAUUCCCACCACCCAAUCUUAUUCCCAGAGUCCUAAACCAUUUGAAUCAAGCCAGCGGACUAUAUAUAUUAAUUGCCCCAAAAUGGAACAAGGUUUUUUGGCAAGCAGAUGUUCAACGCCGAGCUCUGCACCCCCCUUAUCGGAUUCCAGAUCUAGUCCACACUCUAGUAGACACGAGAACAGGCAUACACCCUCCACAGAUUCAAGACUUGCUCUUGGAAGCAUGGUUGAUUUUGGGUGGCAAGAUGUGUUAACAGAAUGGACAGAUAAAGAACAGAAAUUGUUAAUAUCAAGUUGGCGAGGCUCUACGAUCAACACAUAUAAACCUGCAUGGAACAGAUGGAAAAAAUGGUGCGAGUUUAAUUCGGUUAAUUAUAAAUAUCCUCACCCAGAACAAGUAGCCCGUUAUCUGGCACAUUUACAUUGUGAUAUAGGUCUUGCUUACAGAACAAUUUUAGUACAUAAAUCUGUGAUUUCAACAUUCACUCACUUAACUUCAAAAGUAGAUUUAUCUUCAAAUUUCUUUAUAAAACAUAUGUUAAAAGCAAUAUCUAUGGCCCGUACCAGACCAGUAAAGCCACCAAUUUGGAAUCCUAAAUUUCUUAUGCAGUAUAUAAGUAAAUAUAAUCCAAAUGAAAACAAUCUGUAUGAAGUAUCUAGGCAUACUGCUACAUUAUUACUUUUGGCUUCUAGUCGGAGAGUUCAUGACCUCACUUUGUUACAUAUUGACAAUAACAGUUUAAUAGACGACCAAAGUAGCAUAAUCUUAUGGCCAGCUUUUGGUUCCAAAACGGACAGCAUUAAUCAUAGACAGUCUGGUUGGAGGCUUAAAGAACAUCCUGACAAAAAUUUGAAUAAUAUUUACUGGAUAAGACAGUUACUAAAGAUAUCUAAAAAUCGCAGAAAGGCUAUAAAUCAUUUAUUUAUUACAGCUAGAGGUGACGCUAAGCCAGCAUCCCGUACUGUAAUUGCUGGGUGGGUAAAAUCGCUUCUGAGAGAGGUGGGUAUUGAAGCUACUCCUGGUUCAGUAAGAUCAGCAGUAUCUUCCUUAAAUUGGUUAGAAAAUUUUUCUCUAGAUAAAAUCCUUGAGACUGGUAAUUGGAAAACUGUACAUACUUUUAAAAAUUACUAUAAAAAAGAACUAAAGGAAUUUGACAUAAAUAAUUCUGUAUCUUUAUCAAAUUAUUUUGAUGCCAUUAAUUGA